AUGACGACCAUUACUUAUCUACAAAUUAUGCUUUUUCUAUUCUUGUUCCUGUGGACCAUCUAUGGCGCUAUAUAUCGUCUAUACCUAAGUCCCAUUGCGAAGUUUCCGGGCCCAAAGCUUGCAGCUUUGACAUCGUGGUAUGAGAUCUACUUCAACGUCGUGCGUGAUGGACAAUGGCUUUGGGAAAUCAAACGAAUGCACGAAGAGUAUGGUCCAAUCGUGCGCAUUAAUCCUUAUGAAUUGCACAUUAAUGAUGUGGAUUAUUAUGAUGAAUUAUAUGCGGGCAAUACACGAAAACGUGAAAAAUAUCCAUGGUUUGUUAGUGCUGGUGGUUCUCCAGGAAGUUCUUUUGAGACUAUAGGACAUGACCUCCAUCGUCUUCGAAGAAACGCCGUCAACCCUUUCUUCUCCAAGCGAUCUAUCGUGGCUAUGGAGCCGCUUAUCAAAUCAAAAAUCUCUCUACUGUCUAAUGUAUUUCAGUCUCAUUUCGCCCAAGCAACCCCCAUCAAUCUUCGGGUAGUGUUCUCAUCGCUUACUUUAGAUGUGAUUUCUGAUUAUUGUUACGGGGAAGCCUUCGGUGCUCUGAUUGAUGAGAAUCUGGCUCAAUUAUGGAGCAACACACUUUCUCAAAUCAUGUCUAUAACGACUAUUGUUAUGCAUUUCCCCAUAGUGUAUACAAUUCUAUCAUGGCUACCUGAUAGCCUAGCUGGGCCGGUGAUGGGACAUCACAGAAAUUCAAGAAAACAAGUGGCGCGUGUUUUGAAUCAUGAAGAUAUUGGAGGUCGUCAGAAUACAAUAUUCCACGAACUUCGCGAUAGUAGUCUUCUUCCCCCCGAAGAAAAGACUCUUAGGCGACUGGCUGAUGAUGGAAAUAUCAUGGUUGGAGCUGGAGGUGAGACCACAGCUCAAACUUUAGUCGUAUUGUUUUAUCAUCUCCUGGAUAACCCAAAAAUGUUGUCGAGGAUCAAGGAUGAAGUUAGCACCUUGGGUGAAGACAUUACGUGGGGGAGAUUGGAAACCCUACCAUUCCUGUCGGCGGCCAUAACCGAAGCAUUACGUCUCUCAAGCGUGGUAACCUCGCGUCUCCCUAGAAUCGCACCCAAUGAAGACAUGAAGUUUCAGAAAUGGACGAUUCCUGCUGGUAUGAAUCUCAAAAACAGCCUAGCGUAUGCAGAAUUGUUUCUCACAACAGCGUAUAUACUCAAACGUUUCGAUCUUGAGCUUUAUGGAACUACGAAGAGAGAUGUGGAAAUCAAGAGGGAUCAUUUUGUUGCGGCACCAGCAGCAGGAAGUAAGGGUAUUAGAGUUAUAGUCAAGCAUGAUAACGGGGAGUAA